AUGUAUAUCAAAGGACCACAUGCAGAGCCUGAGCUUCCAGUGUUGCGGAAGCUCAUUCAGGACAACCCACUUGGUCUUAUUACAACGGCCAUUACCUCUCCAAACUACCCUUUCCUCCAGAGCAGCCACAUUCCCUUCGUUCUAGACAUAGACGAUGAGGCAGAUGAGACAAAGCUCGGCAAGCUUCGAGGCCAUCUCGCCAGAGUCAAUCCUCAAAGCAAGGCCAUGAUUGAGAACCUCACCGAGAACCCACACCUCAACAAUAUCAUCGAGCAAGAUGUCAUAGUCAUCUUUAACUCUCCUAUUCAACACUACGUCACGCCAAAGUUCUACACAGAGACAAAGCCUACAACUGGCAAAGUUGUUCCAACCUGGAACUACGCAGCCGCCCAAGUCUACGGCCGGGCCAGAAUCUUCUACGACACCAAGACAGAUGAGGCAGGCCAGUUCUUGUCCAAACAGAUUUCAGAUCUGAGUCGUCACGCCGAAACGAAUGUCAUGGGCUUUACUGGCGGUGAUAAUCCUGUGGAUUGGAAAGUAAGCGAUGCACCAGAUAGGUUUGUCGAGCUGUUGAAGAAGAGUAUCAUCGGAAUCGAGAUCGAAAUUACGUCCAUGGGAGGAAAAUUUAAGAUGAGUCAAGAGAUGGGCAUGGGUGAUCGACAAGGCGUCAUCAAUGGAUUUUCCAAGCUGGAAUCGGAGACUGCAAAGGAGAUGUCGAAGAUGGUGCAAACUCGAAGUGAUUUGAAGGAAGCAAAGAAGGCGAGUGCUUGA